AUGAACAAUCUAGAUUAGAUGUACUUAAGCUAAUCAUUGAGAUUAAUAAAUAAUAAGGUUUUGUAUAGAUACUCUCUGUCCAAAUUAAAGACCUUAUUGUCAUUUUUGUUUGCCUUCCCAUGUUCAACAUCUUAACAAAUUAACAUCUUAGGAACUAUUAUCUGACUGGAUUAAUGCCAGAGUACAUAAUGUUCAAAAUAUUUAAAAUCAUUUUUAAGAGUGUAAAAUUUCCCUUGAUAGGCUAAUAAACGUGUUCCUUCCAUAUAAUAACUUUAAUACGCAAUAAUUCUCAGAAUAAGGACUUUUACAGAUUGACUAAUUAAUAAAAGGUUUUUGUUAAAUGGAAGAUGGUGAAGAAAAGUUAUUUAAACAAUUUAAAUAGUGGAUUGUAAGUGAAAUAUUAAAAAUAAAAAAGAAUCAAACAAAUUAAAAGUCAAAUGAUGAUUUGUAAAUUCCACUCUGUGAUAUAAACAAAUAAAUUUUAGAAUAACAGCAGCCUCUAUGA